AAACAAAUAUAUCAAAACACACAAACCACAAAAAGUAGUAAGGGUGCAAAUCACGACAGAUAGAGAAAAAAAUGUCUAGUGUUACUGAUCCUAAAAUAGAGGGAGAAUCCCAUUUCGAUACUGGUUCCAACGGAGACCCUGCCAAUGCAGGAGGAAUUGCUUCUGUUGGUGGUGCUGACGACGAUGAUGAUGAUGAUGGACCAUCCGGAGGCAAAACCCAAAAGGAAAGAAGAAAAAUUGAAAUCAAGUUUAUCCAAGAUAAGUCAAGACGUCAUAUCACCUUUUCCAAGAGAAAGGCUGGUAUUAUGAAAAAAGCUUACGAAUUGUCGGUUUUAACUGGUACCCAAGUGUUAUUAUUAGUUGUUUCUGAAACUGGGUUGGUUUACACGUUCACCACUCCAAAGUUACAGCCAUUGGUUACUAAAUCAGAAGGUAAGAACUUGAUUCAAGCUUGUUUGAAUGCUCCAGAAGAAGGCUUAGGUGACGAUCAAGGAGAUCAAAGUGAUGGCAAUUCGGGUGACUCUCCAGACCAAAGUCCAGCUCCAAAUAGUCUCCCACAAGUUCAAGCGCAACAGCAGCAGCAGCAACAACAAGCUGCCGCUGCCGCCGCCGCUGCCGCUCAAGCGCACCAUGUUCAACAACAACAAGCCGCCGCUGUUCAACAACAGCAGGCUGCCGCUGCAGCAGCCCAACAGCAAUUGCCACCAGGUGCACAUAUACCCCAUGGUAUGCCAUACCCAAGUGCUGGUGGCCACCCUGGUCAACCAGGAGGAAUGCCAAUGCCUCAAAAUUAUGGAGAUUCUCAAGUUUACCAACAAUAUUUUUCAAGUAUGCAAAACAGUAAUAUACAAAACCAACAACAAUAUCAAUAGGAGGGUUUUGCUUUAUUACGUGUGACAUAGCAUCAUUUUUUUUUAUUAUUAUUAUUAUAUUUUCGAACUAUUGUUUUGUACAUUAAUCUAGAGGUUGUUGGAGAGGUCUUUAGUUUAUAUGAAAGUUAUCGAUCUCCUACUGGUUCAAUUUCUAUUCUUGUUUUAUUCUUUACAUUUUUUUAUUAUUUUGAAUGUUUUCAAUUUCUCCAAGUAAUCUACUUAUUUUUGUUUUUAUAGUCUAUACAUAUGCAAAUGAAAUAUUUGCCUGUAAAAAAAA